AUGAGCAUCGCACACGGAAUCCACCGUCUGGGCGUCCUCGGGGCAGGCCAAAUGGGAAUUGGGAUUGCACUCGUCUCCGCACUUCGCGCAAAAGUACCGGUGUUGUUGCAUGACAGGUCAUCGGAACAGGUCACGAAGGGCCUUUCAUUGGUAGACAAGCUUUUGGCAAAGGACGUCUCGAAAGGGCGUAUCACGAGUGAGGAGGCGAAAGAGGCGCGAGACAGGAUUUCCGUGGUUGGGUCGGAAGCUGGUAUCAAGGGGUUGCGGGACGUCGAUAUGGUCGUUGAGGCUGUCUCCGAGUCUCUUCCUCUCAAAAAAUCAAUAUUCGCCUCGUUUGCAGCUGAGCUCAAGCCAGAAGCAAUCCUCGCGACCAAUACAAGCUCCAUUAGCAUUACAAAAAUCGCAGCUUCUGCUAUUCCCCAGGGUUCAAAUGCUGCAAGCGAAGAGGGGAAGAAAAGCGCCUCACGCGUCGUCGGCCUACACUUCUUUAACCCGGUUCCUGUCAUGAAAUUGGUUGAAUUGAUAUCAGCGCUCCAAACCUCUCAAGAAACUCUCGACCGAGCUCGAAACUUCGCCAUCGCAUGCGGCAAAGAGGUGACAACUUCAAAAGACGUGCCCGGUUUCGUUUCGAACGCCCUGUUAAUGCCGUUCAUCAAUGAAGCGAUCAUGUGCCUCGAAAAGGGAACGGCGACGCGUGAGGACAUUGAUACAACUCUCAAACUGGGGAUGAACCAUCCCAUGGGUCCUCUUCAACUAGCGGACUUCAUCGGUCUGGACACUUGCCUCGCGAUCCAGCAGACGCUUUACGAAGGCACCCGGGACUCAAAGUACCGGCCAAGCAUCCUCCUAGAACGGAUGGUGGAUGCCCAGUGGUACGGCAGGAAGAACGGCAAAGGCUUCUACGAGUACAACUAA